AUGGUCGAUAGGGUCGGACUUCAUGGACGGACGGCAUUGUUCCUAGCAGGUACAAAUGGAAAUGGCAGUGUCCUCCGUACUCUCACUAGACAUGGAGCCGAUAUCAAUGUGAUGGACAGGGAAGGAUGGACGCCCCUUUAUGCCGUCGUACACAAUUCCGAGGAGGAAGGGAGAUAUCGUGUUGAAAAGAAACGGGGAUAUCACGUCCUUGCAAUGAGCUGA